UUAUGGGUGGUUCCUCAUUCUAACUCAACAACAUUGAAAUGGUCGAAUUUGGAGAACCAGCUCCUAUCCGUGUGCCCGUCAUGUUCUGUUCCGUAUUACUUCUACCCUCAGACUACAUGUUCCUCUCCCCCUGCAGUUUAUCUAUUGAAGUUUCUUUGCUCUGACCGUAAUGGAUUAUUGCAUGAUGUCACUGAAAUUCUGUCUGAUCUUGAGCUUUCGAUUCAAAGGGUGAAAGUGACAACAACACCAGAUGACAGGGUCUUGGACCUGUUCUUCAUAACAGAUAACAUGGAUCUUCUGCACACAAAGGAGCGGCAAGAUAAGACAUUGAAACAGUUGCAAGCCGUAUUGGGUGAGUCGUGUACCAGUUGCGAACUUCAGUUGGUAGGUCCUCAGUAUGAUCCCCACCAUGGCAUUCCUUCUCUGUCUCCAUUAGUAGCUGAAGAGCUAUUUAGGUGUGAGCUGUUGGAUAAAGAAAUCUGUUCUCAAGCUCUUAGUCCUGAUAUGACGAAAUUGAAGAACGCUAAUGUAACAAUAGACAACUCAUUGAGCCCAGCACAUACAUUACUUCAGAUCCACUGUGCUGAUCACAAGGGUCUCUUGUAUGACAUUAUGAGAAUUUUGAAAGACAACAACAUCAAGAAAGCUGGAAACCCAAUCUAUACCAAAGGGUCUUGUUCUUACCCUGCGAGAAACUCAAUUGUUCUUACUGAAGGUAAACAAAAGGAUGUACUUAAAGCUGCUGGUGCAUUGUUUUCACAUAUUUGUGAGGUUUAGGCAAGGUUAAUGUGCAUCACAUUUAUGGACAAGUAUCGUGGGGGUUAAUGUUGGGAUAGAAUGACUUUGUUGGAUAUAUGGAUGAAUGUAUUGAAUCUUUACCUAAAUAAAUGUGUUUUGGGUUGUCA